UAACAGUAUUUAUGAAGAGGGGACAGAGCUGCCUAAGGAUGGAGGGCUGUGAGGAAAGGAGCAAGGAUGUUGCUGUGGGUUGGCAAGACCAAAUAUAGAAUUGGGUGUGCUGCCUUGGGUUAGUGAGCUGUGAGAAAAGGAAGGGAAGGUAUUGUCUGACAGGUUGGGGGGCUGUGAGAAGGAGAGGAGAAAGCACUGUCACAAGGCAGGGGGAACUGCAAGGUGAGGAGAAGGGGUCAGUCUUCAGGGUGUGGACAGGCAAGGAGGGUGAAGUAGAGCUCUGGCUUGGGGUGGAGCUGCCAAGAGGCUGCUGCUCAGAGGUGCGAGCAGCUCUGGGAUGGUGAGCAGGGCACUGGAAUUCCAGGCAUUCCAACAGGCAGAGCUGCCAUUGACUCCCCUUCACUGAUGUGCUGUUCUCUCUCUUCCAGGUCAGUGAAUAAUUUUCUGAUGACCGGUCCGAAGGCAUACCUCAUUUACUCGAGUAGCGUGGCUGCUGGAGCACAAAGCGGCAUCGAGGAGUGCAAAUUCCAGUUUGCUUGGGACCGCUGGAACUGCCCUGAGAGAGCACUGCAGCUCUCCAGCCAUGGUGGACUGCGUAGUGCAAACCGAGAAACAGCUUUUGUCCAUGCCAUCAGCUCAGCAGGUGUCAUGUACACGCUGACUCGGAACUGCAGCCUAGGAGAUUUUGACAACUGCGGCUGUGAUGACUCUCGUAAUGGACAGUUGGGCGGACAAGGCUGGCUCUGGGGAGGCUGCAGUGAUAACGUGGGCUUUGGGGAAGCCAUUUCCAAGCAGUUUGUGGAUGCACUUGAGACAGGACAAGAUGCCAGAGCAGCGAUGAACUUGCACAACAAUGAGGCUGGCAGAAAGGCAGUGAAAGGGACCAUGAAACGGACUUGCAAGUGCCAUGGAGUGUCGGGCAGCUGCACCACCCAGACCUGCUGGCUGCAGCUGCCCGAGUUCCGGGAGGUGGGCACCUAUCUCAAGGAGAAGUACCACAAGGCCCUGAAAGUGGACCUGCUGCAAGGGGCAGGCAACAGCGCUGCUAACCGGGGCGCCAUCGCUGAGACCUUCAGUUCCAUCUCCAAGAAGGAGCUGGUCCACUUGGAAGACUCUCCUGACUACUGCCUGGAGAACAAAACUCUGGGGCUGCUGGGAACUGAGGGCAGGGAGUGCCUCAAGCGCGGCAAGGCACUGAGCAAGUGGGAGAAGCGGAGCUGCCGGCGGCUGUGUGGGGAUUGUGGGUUGGCAGUGGAAGAGCGUCGGGCUGAGAUGGUGUCCAGCUGCAACUGCAAGUUCCACUGGUGCUGUGCUGUGCGGUGUGAGCAGUGCCGCAAGAGGGUCACCAAGUACUUCUGUGUCCGCAAGGAGAAGCGGGAGCGGAGUGGGGGUGGCAGAGCUACCCGCAAGCUCAAGAGGAAGCCUUAGCACCCUUUCAUGCCCCCAUUGCCCCUUCCCCCGUGGGCGGCAGGUUCUCCCAUCUCUGGUCUAGUCCAAAAGCCCAGCCCCUAAAAUCCAGCGCCACAUCAUUGCCUGCUGCAGAGGUGACUGGAUUUGAGGCAAACUGCAGUUUUAGCCUGCGUCCCAGCAGCAAGCACAUCAUCAUUGUGGGUGAGCCACAGAACCUGCCUGUCCCAGCUGCCUGCACCAUGGUAGUAGUCUAGAUUGGCAAAACUGGGUAGUAGCACUGGAAACUUCAGGGAGCUCAAGAAGCCCUUGCUGGGUCUGGACAGCAGCCCUGUAAGCCACAGAGUAGCAUAGGCCACCCAUGUGUGAGCCAUGGCCCUUGCAACUGAGGGGCUUGCUAAAUAUUCUCGGCAUCUAGUCCUGCAAAGGCAGAGGGCAUUCUUCAUCUUUAUUGGGCCCUGAGAAAUCACUUCAUUUUUAUUGGGCCCUGAGAUCGAAGGAAAAGAGAUGGUGUGAAAACCCUCACUCCCAGAGACAUUCCCAGCCUGGCUUUUAAAGAAGUAAAAAAAGCCAGCUUGGUCUCUCAUCCUUGGAGCAUAUGCAAGUCUCUACCACGCACUGCAGUGCUAAGUAGUCAAAGCAGCUCUGGCAGAAGUGUUUCAAGGUGCCACUGACCUGCCUAAUAAGUAACUCUGUUGGAAAGACCUUUGCUAGGGAUCCCAUGACUUGCUGCCUAUAAUGCUUCCUCUGCCAUUCCAGAGCCUCUGUAUCUCUGUUCCCCUGCAGCGGCCAGUGUCCUUUCCCAAUAAGGCCCUCACACGCUCUCCUUGAUCACAGCUCUAACCACCCCCACCUGUUUCUUCCCAAGUCCCUGGUGAGGGGGAGCUGAGCACGUUCCUGCUGGUGUAUUUUCCAAGCACUCUUACUCCUUGCGCUAACUACUAAACGCUUUCUCCUAGUCUGAGAGAAUCAUGUUGGUAACUAUUUAAUUGUGUUGUAAAUAGGAAAGUUAAGCACUUUGAAGUUUAAUUUAUUGCACAGUUUCUGUGAUGU